AUGUUGACGUUCAGUUCGAAAGAAGCUCACCAGCUCCUACACAACAAGUUUGUGGUCAUCCUGGGCGACUCAAUACAGCGAUGUGUGUACAAGGAUCUGGUCCAGCUGCUACAGAGCAACUCCUUGCUCACGACUUCCCAGCUGAAGUCCAAGGGGGAGCUGCGCUUCGAAGACGACCACUUGGUGGAGGGAGGGGUGCUGGACUCCCUCCACAAUGGCACCCGUUACCGCGAGGUCCGCCAGUAUCGUACCAGCCACCACCUUGUCCGCUUCUACUUCCUCACGCGCGUCUACUCGGAGUACGUGGAGAGCAUUCUGGAAGACUUCCAAGCCGGACCGCAACCUGAUGUCUUGGUCCUCAAUUCCUGCGUCUGGGACGUUUCUCGGUACGGGCCGUCUUCCAUGAAGGAAUAUCGCCAGAACCUGGAGAUGGUCUUCAACCGGCUGGAUGCCGUCCUCCCCGCCUCCUGCUUGGUCAUCUGGAACAUGACCAUGCCUCUAGGGCGCAGGGUGACGGGGGGCUUCCUUAUUCCGGAGCUGCAGCACUUAAACAAGACCCUCCGCAACGACGUGAUCGAGGGCAACUUCUACGGCGCCACUUUGGCCGGCUUUCACCUCUUUGACGUCCUGGACCUCCACUUCCACUUCCGCUUCGACCUGCGGAACCGGGUCAAGGACGGCGUCCACUGGAACAACGUAGUGCAUCGCAGGAUCACCAACCUGCUUCUGGCGCACGUGGCGGAUGCCUGGUGCGUGGUGCUGCCGAGCAGGAGUCGGAGCCCGGAUGAGCCCGCGUGGAAUAUGCCAGGGACACCUUUACCGCCAUCGCUGUCCCAUCUUGACGAUUCCCAGCUCUUCCCCGGCCCUCGUGACGCCCGCCCGCCACCUUACCCCCGUGUCCCCCAGUUUUAUGACGACUCAGUCCUCGUUCCCAGAAACUGGGGGCCCUCCGAGCCCCUCUCUGGAUUCCGCAGCUUUGAGGACUCCCACUUCCUGAUGCCCCACAUGGAUGCUGCGGCGCUUCACGACUUCCGCCACCUGGGCGGCGACUCCGCGCCCGUCCUGGACCCCUUCUUCGCUUACCCCUCCCACGAUGAGGAGAACAGCCCCCCGCGCUCCUGGCGCCAGCGGAGGAGGAGCCGCGUCGGUGGGCGCCACGACAGCUACGUCAUGCGCUAUCCGUGCUUCUACCCGAGAGACAAGACCCCCUACCGGAAGUUCUGCCCCGUGCCCUCCCAGCGCUAUUGA